AUGAACAAGUCGCUACGAUCGGCCUCACCUCAUGAAAUUUUGGGUGUUGACAGACAUGCAACCACGGAGCAGGUCAAGAAUGCAUACAAGAAGCUCUCCCUGCAACUCCACCCAGACAAGAAUCCGCAGAAUCGUGAAUGGGCGACCGCCAAGUUCAAGGAGCUCAACGCGGCCUACGAGAUCAUGAGUAAUCCCUCCGAAGCCGGCCUCGCCAUCGACAAGCAGCUUGAGCAGCUCUUCAAUCAAUUCUCACAGAAUUUCAAGCAAAGCCUCGCAGAUUUUGAGUACGACAUCACGCAAAAACUCGAGAGCACCACGAAAGAAAUCGCGGAGCAGCUGGACACUGUGAGGGAGCAGUUGGCCGCCAACACCGAGACGAUGCGAGACAUAACUGAGCAGCUGGCCGCCAACACGGAGACGAUGCGAGACAUAACUGAGCAGCUAGCCGCCAACACCAAGAUGAUGCGAGACAUAAAUGAAAAGCUGAAGCUUCCAGAGGACGAAGAAUCCAAGAGCGAAGGAGUGGGUAUCUAA